AUGGUGGAGAUGUUUGAUGACAACUCAAUGGAACAUUUGGUGGCCAAAGCUCCCAUGACAGGAAAUAGAUGCUUUCCACUCUCACUAAAGAGGUUUGGUCAUCUAAAUCUGCAGAGUUUGAAAUUGUUGCAGCAAAGGGAAAUGGUUUAUGGACUACCAGAAAUUGGGAAUGUAGAUAAACUUUGCCACGGUUGUACAAUGGGAAAGGCACAUAGAGAAUCCUUUGGUAAAGAAAAGACUUGGAAAGCAAGUGAGUCACUAGAACUCAUCUACUCAGAUGUUUAUGGACCAAUGCAUAUCAUAACUAUUGGUGGAAACAGAUACUUCUUGACUUUUAUUGAUGAUUGCACUAGACUGUGUUGGGUGUACUUCAUGCAAUACAAGUAUGAGGUGUUUGGUAUUUUCAAGAAGUUCAAGGCUAUGGUGGAACUGCAAAAUGUAGGCAUGGAAAGGCAGCUCACUGUGGCUUACUCACCUCAGCAAAACAGGGUUGCUGAGAUAAAAAAAAACAAAACAAUUGUUGAAAUGAGCAAGGCAAUGAUGAAUGAAAAGAAACUUCCAUUCAACUUCUGGGGAGAAGCAAUAAAUACAGCUAUAUAUAUAUAUAUUCAAAAUAGAUGUCCUACAAGAGCUCUGGAAAAUUCAACUCCACUUGAAGCCUUUAGUGGAAGAAAACCAGGAGUCAAACAUUUAAGGUUGUUUGGUUCUAUAUGUUUUUGCCAUGUACCUAGUCAGCUGAGGUCAAAGUUAGAUGAUUCAGCUAUCAAAUGCAUCUUUGUUGGAUAUGGCAAGUGUGAGAAGGGCUAUAGAGUUUAUAAUCUGCAGACUAAGAAAGUAUUAGUCUCUAGAAGUGUAAUUUUUUAUGAAGGUUCCUUGUGGAAUUGGGAGAAGCACAGUGUGGAACAUGUCACAGUUCCUAUGAGCUUUGGAGAACAGUCUACUAUUGAUGAAGAAAAUCAUGAAGUCACAACUUCAUUUGCACAAGAAUUUCAGACUAAAAAUGACCCUGGAAUAGCUGAGAUGGUUUCAGGUUCCUCUAAUGCUGAUUCACAAGAUGGAUCAUCAAGUCCUACACCUGUGAAGCUCAGAGAUAUUACUGAGAUCUAUGCUCGAUGCAAUAUGAGCAUCAUUGAGCCAGAAAAUUUUGCUGAAGCUUCAAGGGAUAAAGGUUGA